AUGGAGCAGUCAGUGCUUGUACCACCAGGACCAGACAGCUUCCAGUACUUCACUAGAGAGUCUCUUGCAGCAAUUGAACAGCGCAUUGCUGCAGAAAAAGCUAAGAACCCUAAACAAGAUCGCAAAGACAACGACGAUGAAAAUGGACCAAAGCCAAACAGCGACUUGGAGGCCGGAAAAACACUUCCAUUCAUUUACGGUGACAUACCUCCAGGAAUGGUGUCUGAGCCCUUGGAGGACAUGGACCCAUAUUAUAUCAAUAAAAAAACCUUUAUAGUAUUGAAUAAAGGGAAGGCAAUCUUCCGAUUCAGUGCCACUUCUGCCCUGUACAUUUUAACUCCUUUCAAUCCUCUUAGAAAAAUAGCUAUUAAGAUUUUGGUACAUUCGUUAUUCAGCAUGCUUAUCAUGUGCACUAUUUUGACCAACUGUGUAUUUAUGACCAUGAGCAACCCUCCAGACUGGACAAAGAAUGUGGAGUAUACAUUCACUGGAAUAUACACGUUUGAGUCGCUUAUAAAAAUCAUUGCAAGAGGCUUCUGCUUAGAAGAUUUUACUUUUCUGCGAGAUCCAUGGAACUGGCUUGAUUUCACUGUCAUUACCUUUGCAUAUGUGACAGAGUUUGUGGACCUGGGCAAUGUCUCAGCGUUGAGAACAUUCAGAGUUCUCCGAGCUUUGAAAACAAUAUCAGUCAUUCCAGGCUUGAAGACUAUCGUGGGAGCCCUAAUUCAGUCUGUGAAGAAGCUCUCAGAUGUCAUGAUCCUGACUGUGUUUUGUCUGAGUGUAUUUGCACUAAUAGGGCUGCAGCUGUUCAUGGGCAACUUGAGGAAUAAAUGCCUGCAGUGGCCUCCAGAAAAUUUUACUUUGGAAACAAAUAUUACUUCCCAGUUCAACACCACGAUAGGGGAAAAUGGUACAUUGGUUAAUUCAACAGUGACUCCAUUUGACUGGAAGGGGUACAUUGAGGAUGAAAGUCAUUUUUAUUUUCUGGAAGGGCAAAAUGAUGCUCUGCUCUGUGGAAACAGUUCUGAUGCUGGGCAGUGCCCAGAAGGAUACACAUGUGUGAAAGCUGGUAGAAACCCCAAUUAUGGCUACACAAGUUUUGACACCUUCAGCUGGGCUUUCCUGUCACUGUUUCGCUUGAUGACUCAAGACUUCUGGGAAAACCUUUAUCAAUUGACUCUACGUGCUGCUGGGAAAACGUACAUGAUAUUUUUUGUUCUGGUAAUUUUUCUGGGCUCUUUCUAUCUGAUCAACUUGAUCCUGGCUGUGGUUGCCAUGGCCUAUGAAGAACAGAAUCAAGCAACUUUGGAAGAAGCAGAGCAGAAAGAGGCAGAAUUUCAACAGAUGUUGGAACAACUGAAAAAGCAACAAGAAGCAGCUCAGGCAGCAGCAGAGGCAGCAGCGGCAGUAACAGCAUCUGCAGAGUCCAGAGAGCCCAGCGUGGGGGAAGGAGCCGGCGGACUCUCAGAAAGUUCUUCAGAGGCAUCAAAACUGAGCUCUAAAAGUGCAAAAGAGAGGAGAAAUAGAAGGAAGAAAAGAAAACAGAAAGAACAGUCUGGAGGAGAGGAAAAAGACGAAGAUGAAUUUCACAAGUCUGAAUCAGAAGACAGCAUCAGAAGGAAAGGUUUCCGAUUCUCUAUUGAAGGGAAUAGACUGACAUAUGAAAAGAAAUACUCUUCUCCACAUCAGUCCUUGCUGAGUAUUCGUGGCUCCCUGUUUUCUCCGAGGCGCAACAGCAGAACAAGUCUUUUCAGCUUCAGAGGUCGAGCAAAGGACAUAGGCUCUGAAAAUGACUUUGCUGAUGAUGAGCACAGCACUUUUGAAGACAAUGACAGCAGGAGAGAUUCUCUCUUUGUGCCACGCAGACAUGGCGAACGGCGCAACAGUAACAUUAGUCAGGCCAGCAGGUCAUCGAGGAUGCUGGCGGUGUUUCCAGUGAAUGGGAAGAUGCACAGCACUGUGGACUGCAAUGGAGUGGUUUCUCUGGUUGGUGGACCAUCUGCUCCUACAUCGCCUGUUGGACAGCUUCUGCCAGAGGUGAUAAUAGAUAAACCAGCUACUGAUGACAAUGGCACCACAACAGAAACAGAAAUGAGAAAGAGAAUAUCAAACUCUUUUCAUGUUUCUAUGGACUUUCUAGAAGAUCCAGCUUUAAGAGAAAGAGCAAUGAGUAUCGCUAGCAUACUCACAAACACUGUGGAAGAACUUGAAGAAUCAAGACAGAAAUGCCCACCGUGCUGGUAUAAAUUUGCAAAUAUUUUCUUGAUCUGGGACUGCAGUCCACAUUGGUUAAAAGUAAAGCAUAUUGUCAACUUAGUAGUGAUGGAUCCAUUUGUCGAUCUCGCCAUUACUAUUUGCAUUGUCUUAAACACACUCUUUAUGGCCAUGGAGCAUUAUCCGAUGACUGCUGAAUUCAAUAAUGUUCUUUCAGUCGGAAAUCUGGUCUUCACUGGGAUCUUCACAGCAGAAAUGUUUCUCAAGAUAAUUGCAAUGGACCCUUAUUAUUAUUUCCAGGAAGGCUGGAAUAUUUUUGACGGCUUUAUUGUAACCCUUAGUUUGGUUGAACUUGGUCUUGCAGAUGUGGAAGGACUCUCAGUUCUUCGAUCAUUCAGACUGUUACGUGUUUUCAAAUUAGCAAAAUCUUGGCCAACUCUAAAUAUGCUGAUAAAAAUUAUCGGUAACUCUGUGGGAGCUUUAGGAAAUUUGACCCUGGUGCUGGCCAUCAUUGUCUUCAUUUUUGCUGUAGUUGGGAUGCAGCUGUUUGGGAAAAACUAUAAGGAAUGUGUCUGCAAAAUUGCAAGUGACUGUGUACUUCCACGCUGGCACAUGCAAGAUUUUUUCCACUCUUUCUUGAUCGUAUUCCGAGUGCUCUGUGGAGAAUGGAUAGAGACGAUGUGGGACUGCAUGGAGGUUGCAGGCCAAGCCAUGUGCCUUACUGUCUUCAUGAUGGUCAUGGUGAUUGGAAACCUAGUGGUACUGAACCUAUUUUUGGCCUUGCUGUUGAGCUCAUUUAGUGCAGACAACCUUGCCGUCACGGAUGAUGAUAAUGAAAUGAACAAUCUCCAGAUUGCUGUAGCAAGAAUGCAGAAGGGCAUAGAUUAUGUGAAAAGAAAAGCACGUGAAUUCCUCCAAAAGGCUUUUGUUAAAAAACAAAAAGCAUUAGAUGAAAUCAAACCACUUGAAGAUUUGAACAACAAAAAUAGCUGUAUCUCUAACCAUACAAAUAUGGAAAUAAGUAAGGACCAUGAUUUUAUUAAAGAUGGGAACGGAACAACUAGUGGCAUAGGCACAGGCAGCAGUGUGGAAAAGUACAUAAUUGACGAAAGUGAUUACAUGUCGUUCAUAAACAACCCAAGCCUCACCGUGACAGUGCCCAUUGCUGUGGGUGAAUCUGACUUCGAAAAUUUAAAUACAGAGGAAUUUAGUAGUGAAUCAGAUCUGGAAGAAAGCAAGGAGAAGCUAAAUUUGUCCAGUUCAUCUGAAGGCAGUACAGUUGACAUUGGACUUCCUGCAGAAGAGCAACCAGAAGUUGAACCUGAAGAAGCCCAGGAGCCAGAGGCCUGCUUCACAGAAGGCUGUGUACGAAGGUUCAAGUGCUGUCAAGUAAGUGUAGAAGAGGGGAGAGGAAAACAGUGGUGGAACCUUAGAAAAACCUGCUUCAGGAUUGUUGAACACAACUGGUUUGAGACUUUCAUUGUCUUUAUGAUUCUCCUGAGUAGUGGUGCUCUGGCAUUUGAAGACAUAUAUAUUGAACAGCGCAAAACUAUCAAGACCAUGCUGGAAUACGCUGACAAGGUCUUCACUUACAUCUUCAUUCUGGAAAUGUUGCUAAAGUGGGUAGCCUAUGGCUAUCAAACAUACUUUACUAAUGCCUGGUGCUGGCUGGACUUCCUGAUUGUGGAUGUCUCUUUGGUUAGCUUAACAGCAAAUGCAUUGGGUUACUCUGAGCUUGGUGCCAUUAAAUCCCUUAGGACACUAAGAGCUUUGAGACCUCUAAGAGCUUUGUCACGAUUUGAAGGCAUGAGGGUGGUUGUGAAUGCCCUUUUAGGAGCAAUUCCAUCCAUCAUGAACGUGCUUCUCGUUUGUCUUAUAUUCUGGCUAAUUUUCAGCAUCAUGGGAGUAAAUCUGUUUGCUGGGAAGUUCUACUACUGUGUUAACACCACAACUGAUGAAAGGUUUGAAGUCGACCAAAUCAACAAUUUUAGUCAGUGCGAGGAACUCAUAAAAAACAAUCAAAGUGCCCGAUGGAAAAACGUGAAAGUAAACUUUGAUAAUGUAGGAUUUGGGUAUCUUUCUUUGCUUCAAGUAGCUACAUUUAAGGGCUGGAUGGAUAUUAUGUAUGCAGCUAUUGAUUCAAGAGAUGUAUUAAUGCAACCCAAGUAUGAAGACAACCUGUACAUGUAUUUGUAUUUUGUCAUCUUUAUCAUUUUUGGGUCUUUUUUCACCCUGAACCUGUUCAUUGGUGUCAUCAUUGAUAACUUCAAUCAACAAAAAAAGAAGUUUGGAGGUCAAGACAUAUUUAUGACAGAAGAGCAGAAGAAAUACUACAAUGCAAUGAAAAAGUUGGGAUCCAAAAAACCACAAAAACCUAUACCAAGACCAGGGAACAAAUUUCAAGGCAUGGUCUUUGAUUUUGUGACCCAGCAAGUAUUUGACAUCAGCAUCAUGAUUCUUAUAUGUCUUAACAUGGUUACCAUGAUGGUAGAAACUGAUGACCAAAGUGAUGAAAUGGAAAAUAUUUUAUACUGGAUAAACCUAGUGUUCAUUGUUCUUUUCACCGGAGAAUGUGUACUGAAAUUAAUUUCACUUCGCCACUACUAUUUCACCAUAGGCUGGAAUAUUUUUGAUUUUGUAGUUGUCAUUCUCUCAAUAGUUGGUAUGUUUCUAGCUGAGAUGAUUGAGAAAUAUUUUGUAUCCCCCACACUAUUCAGAGUCAUUCGACUUGCCAGAAUAGGUCGAAUCCUGCGUCUCAUUAAGGGCGCUAAGGGCAUCCGCACUCUGCUUUUUGCUUUGAUGAUGUCUCUUCCCGCUUUGUUCAACAUCGGUCUGCUGCUGUUCCUGGUCAUGUUUAUCUAUGCCAUAUUUGGAAUGUCCAACUUUGCCUAUGUCAAGAGGGAAGCUGGUAUAGAUGACAUGUUCAAUUUUGAAACGUUCGGCAACAGCAUGAUCUGUCUCUUCCAAAUUACCACAUCUGCUGGCUGGGAUGGUUUGCUAGCCCCAAUUCUCAACAGCGGGGAACCAGACUGUGACCCUCAUAAAGCUCAUCCAGGCAGCUCUGUUAAAGGAGACUGCGGCAACCCUUCCGUUGGGAUUUUCUUCUUUGUCAGCUACAUUAUCAUAUCGUUCCUGGUAGUGGUGAACAUGUACAUUGCUGUGAUUUUGGAGAACUUUGGUGUUGCUACUGAAGAAAGCGCUGAGCCCUUAAGCGAGGAUGACUUUGAGAUGUUCUACGAAGUCUGGGAGAAGUUUGACCCAGAUGCAACACAAUUCAUGGAAUUUGAGAAAUUGUCUGAUUUUGCAGCAGCACUUGAGCCUCCUCUUCAUCUACCCAAACCAAACAAAGUCCAGCUUAUUGCAAUGGAUCUGCCCAUGGUAAGUGGUGACAGAAUUCACUGCCUUGACAUCUUGUUUGCUUUCACGAAGCGGGUUUUGGGGGAAAGUGGGGAGAUGGAUGCCCUCAGAAUACAAAUGGAAGACCGUUUUAUGGCAUCAAAUCCUUCUAAAGCCUCCUAUGAACCGAUUACAACCACAUUAAAACGAAAACAGGAAGAAGUAUCUGCUGUCAUUAUUCAACGUGCUUAUAGACGUCACCUUUUAAAGCGAACAGUAAAACAAGCUUCCUUUAUCUACAACAAAAAUAAAACUGAAGGAGGGGCUGGUCAAGGUAUAAAAGAUGGAAUUCUUAUCGACAAGUUAAAUGAAAACUCAUUUACAGAGAAAACUGAUAUAACUGCAUCAACUGCAGUUUGUCCACCAUCUUAUGAUCGUGUAACAAGGCCAGUCAAAGAAAAGCACGAAAAGGAAGGCAAAGAUGUUCAGAAAUAG